AUGAAACCACAAACUAUCGCUAUGGAACAAGAAAAAUUAUGUGAUGAUGCUUUAGAGCUUGAAAAACUUAUAUCCCAAAUGAAAGAAUUAAUGGUUGAUCAUGUGAACGAUAGUCGAAAACCGGGUGCUUUAGUUGUAGACUACAAAUCUCCUAAGGAAUUAAAACAAAUUAUGGAUUUAGAAUUAGGUUACGAUGGUAUUGGAGUUGUAGGAUUAAUGCCAUUAAUACAAGACAUAUUAAAAUAUAGUGUUAAUACUUGGCAUCCGGGGUUUUUGGGAAAAUUAUAUGCUGGCACAAAUCCUGUUGGUAUCAUAUCUGAAAUGGUGAUAUCAUUAUUGAAUGCGAAUUCACACGUUUAUGACGUUUCACCUGCACUUACAAUGAUCGAAAACACCGUUUCGCAAAAUUUGGCAAAAUUAUUAGGAAUGGGCGAGAAAUCCGGUGGAAUGACUUGUCCGGGUGGUUCUUUUUCGAAUCAACUUGCCAUGAUAACUGCACGGACUUGUAUGUUUCCCGAGAUUAAAACUAAAGGUUAUCAUGGUUUUGGAAAAAAAUUAUUGGUUUUCACUUCCGUUGCUGGUCAUUAUUCUGUCGAAAAAACCGCUAUCGCCUUAGGUUUGGGUAUCGAUAGUGUAAUUAAAGUUCCAAGUGAUGAUCAAGGAAGGAUGAGGACUGAUGAAUUAGAACGACUGAUCAAAAAAUCUUUUCAACGAGGAAAAAUAGCUAAACGAUACAAUCUCUGGUUUCAUAUUGAUGGAUCUUGGGGUGGAAGUCUUGUAUUUUCUGAGAAGCAUAGGCACUUGAUAGAUGGUGCUAGCUUGGCUGAUACCUUUGUAUUAAACCCUCAUAAAAUGUUAGGUGCUCCAUUACAAUGUUCAUUUUUACUUGCAAAAGAUAAAAAAAUUUUUUCUCAAUCAAAUUCCUUGAAAGCCGAGUAUUUAUUUCAUAAAGAAGACGAUUUAGGUGAUGGCACUGUUGGAUGUGGUCGUCGUCCGGAUGCUGUAAAAUUAUUUAUAGGUUGGAAAAUAUAUGGCAUACAAGGAUAUCAAAUACGAAUCGAACAUGCAUUUAAAAUGGCCAAAUAUUUAACUUUAUUAGUAAAGAAUAAUCACUGUUUUAAAUUGGUAUUGGAUGAUCCUCCAAGUUUACAAGUUUGCUUCUGGUAUUUACCUAUUGGAAUCAACUUCGAUUUAGAAAAUAAAAGAUUUAGAACAAUGAUGUCAAUGAUCACUAAAGAGAUACAUAGGAGGAUAAUGCAUCGCGGAAUGUUUUUGUUUGAUUAUUCUCCUUUGAUUAUUGGUGAUAAAGAAUUGCCUUGUUUUUUCAGAAUUGCUUUGAAUGCGCCUUCAACUC